UUCUGCCGUUGCAAAAUAGCAUUGAUAUGAAUUUGUCCUGUGGUGAUACAAAUUCUAAGACAUAGAUAUUGAAUGAUUGCCUGGUUGAGUAUCUGUGAAAAUGGCCUCUUAGAGAAAACACUAGCAUGUGCCAAAGAAUAAUACCAUGCAACACACCUUGUAAUCACCGGUUUUUUGGCGCCCAAGUUCUGUUCUUCGACACUUCUUGUGUUUUCACGCUCAUUGUGUUCGCCGCGGCAAUGGCGAGGUCUAUAUAAAUCUAUAUUGCUUUCACUUUCUUCAUCUCUUCAGUAAGGCCUCAGUAAGUCUCUCUCGAUCAGGCUGGAUAGAUGUCGAUCAGGCUGUGAUAUUUAAUUUGUUUGUUUUUCCGGUAAUUGAUUACACACGCACACGCCAGGAGUUGAACCCUGAACUCCUGCAAAGGAGACAAGAGCUCAACCACUGCACCAAACUUUGUUGGUGAUAUUUAAUUUGUUGAGGCUUAUUGAAACAGACAUGGAUUCAGAGAUUGGUAAGUUGUGGAGAAAGUCAGGUGCCAAGACUGGACAGGAGACUGAAAAGGCUGUUAUUGGGAUUUUGGUUUUUGAGGUUUCGACAAUGAUGUCUAAGCUAGUUGAUUUAUGGGCGCGUGUUGGUGAUAAGCAGAUUGAUCGACUGCAUAAAGAGGUUUUAGGCUCACCCGGGGUUAGUAAGUUUGUUUCAGAUGAUGUGAAUUAUCUGAAGAAUCUUGUUCUUGUUGAAAUUAUGGAUGACUUGAGUGGUGUAGCUGAAUCGGUGGCUAGGCUUGGGAAGAGGUGUGUGGAUCCGCUGUACCAUCAUCUUGAGUAUGUUGUUGAGUAUUUUGUGGAGUUUGAUUCUGAUUGGUGUGUGUGGAUAUAUAGAUAUGCUAAGAUGGAGAGAAAGGUGAGGAAAAUGAUGAGGUUUUCUGCUAUUACAGCGCAGCUGUAUCAGGAGCUGGAAGUGCUGGAUGAGCUUGAUCAAAGUCUUAGCAGGAUGCGUGGUCGUGUUGGUUUAAGUAAGAUGAAGUUGCAUGAUGCUCGAGAGAAGAUCAUCAGGCAGCGUCAGGAGGUGAAGAAAUUGCGUGAGAUGUCUCCUUGGAUUAGGACUUAUGACUACACUGUCAGACUCUUGCUUAGAUCACUUUUGACAAUACUAGAGAGAGUUAAACAAGUUUUUGGGAUUGAUCAAGUGCAGGGAAACGUUAGGCCUCAGAUUUGCAAUAAUGCUUCUCUUGCUCGUAGCCAGUCGAUGUAUGUCCCUAAGCAACCUUCUGAAUAUGCUCAUCCUACUUCAGAUUUGCGGCCUUUAGGUAGAUCAGUUUCAACCAUGGGACUAAAUUCUGUGAAGAAGGAUCCAGACCCCUACGAACUGAAAAUGUGUCAGCAGUCGUCAAUUUUCUGUGUAAGACCGACCUCACAAGGAAAUACCAGAAAAUUAUCUAAAGUAGGAUCCCUUAAAGGAUGCAUGCCAUUGCCAACGAAUAAUUACUCUUCAAUAUCAAAUGCAUUCCAGGAGGAUAUCGAUACAAUAGAAGUUAGCAGUACUGGUAACUUUUCUCAUCGAAACCUAUACUGUAAUACUAUUAUUUCCCCGUUCAUUUCAAAUCAUAAGUUGUUAUCCGCUCCCCUGUCUACUCUUGGCGGCGCUGCUUUAGCUGUACACUAUGCCAAUGUGAUUCUAUAUAUUAAGAAGCUAGCCGCUUCUGCCUUCAUCAGCCUUGAAGCAAGAGACGCUCUGUAUGAAAUGUUGCCUGCAACAAUCAGGACUUCUAUUAGAAUUAAGCUGAAAUUGUUUGCAAAAACAUUGUCUUCAUCCAUCUACGACGCUACCCUUGCUGCACAGUGGAAAUUCACAAUCAGAAGGUUACUACAGUUGUUGGUUCCGCUGGCUAAUAACAUGAUCAAGUGGCGUUCAGAAAGAAACUUUGAGAAUCAGCGCAUAGUUUGUGGCACCUCGGUGCUUUUAGUCCAAACGCUUUACUUUGCGGAUCAAGAAAGGACAGAAGCUGCAAUAACGGAACUUCUCAUGGGGCUCAACUACAUUUCAAGGUUUGGCAAGGAAUUUUGUGGUAAAGCUGUACAACAAUUGUCAUGUAUCAUUGCUUCUGAUAGUGUUCUGUCCUUUGAGGAUGUGUCUAAACCUGCAACUCUAAAGACGUCUCCAACAGGCAUAACUCCUUGAUACGUUUAUACCUUUAUAUAUUCCGACGAGCAAUGUGUUAAGCAGGAAUCGCAGUAAAAUCACAGAAGUUUAGGACUUCUGUUAGAUAAUCUGUACAAUAAUGUAAAAGUCCCUUUUUGUUUGCUGA